GAGAGCAGAGUGUUACUCAUCAGCACAAUAUUAAUAGCCAGAUCGUAUCUUGGGUACAUUUUCUCCUGUGUAGGUUUUUGGGUACAGAGAGGCUUAGAUCCUUUUGUUUUGCACAAUGCAGUGGGUACCAUGGUCUGUAAUGUUCUAUGUGACCUUCUGUUUCAAUAAUCAGGUGUGUCUGGCACAAAAUUUGCCCCCUCCUUGUGACAGUACCAUUUACUGUACCGGAAAUCUACUUCACACUGUCCAGAUGGCCAAAAUCUUCAAAGACGAUAAGCAUUUUGUUGACAUGGGUCUACGUGAUACACCUAGUCGGAUCUUGAAGAAGUUCCAGUCUUUGGUAAAUUCUAAUCAAGGUGAAGCACUUGUGAGCAAGCUCAAAGACUUUCUCAACACAUCAUUUGCUGAGCCUGGAGAUGAGAUUGAGCCGUGGCUUCCUCCAGACUGGAAGGAGAAUCCAGAACUUCUUUCUCAAAUCACAGAUCCACGUCUGAAGCAAUGGGCCUCGGAUCUUAAUCACCUCUGGAAGUCUUUGGGAAGAAAGAUCAAGCAAGAAGUAAAAGAUUUACCUGACCGUCACUCUCAAAUAUAUGUACCCAAUGCUGUGAUAGUGCCUGGGGGACGUUUCCGUGAGUUUUAUUACUGGGAUUCCUAUUGGGUCAUCAAUGGACUUCUACUUUCGGAAAUGAGUAGCACAGCAAGAGGAAUGAUUGAGAACUUUUUGUACUUGGUGGACAGAUAUGGCUGGAUCCCUAAUGGAGGGAGGGUCUAUUACAUUCGCAGAAGUCAGCCACCGUUCCUUACCAUGAUGAUGGACAGCUAUAUGGAAAAUCAAAAGAACACCACCUUCCUUAGUGAAAAUAUAGCUCUUCUGGAGAAAGAGUAUAAUUUCUGGAUGACCAAUCGAAGCGUGAUUGUACCACUAGAAGGAACAAACUACAACCUGAAUCGCUACAAUGUUCCAGUAGGAGGGCCCAGGCCAGAGUCUUAUUCAGAUGAUUAUGAACUUGCUGAAAACCUUACUACAGCUGAGCAGCAAUCUCUUUGGGCAGAGCUGAAAGCAGCUGCGGAGUCUGGCUGGGACUUUUCUUCUCGCUGGUUUUCGAAAUCUCGACAGGAUCUCAAAGGCACCAAGACCAGCUCUGUGAUCCCCGUGGACCUGAAUGCCAUAUUGUGUCGAGUUGAGAGAACACUAGUCAAGUUCUACAAGGAACUCAAAAUGGAUGAAAAGGCUUCUCAAUUUCAGACUGCUUUGGAUCAAAGAAUUGAAGCAGUUAAGGCUGUGCUAUGGGACGAUGAUGUAGGAGUCUGGUUGGACUACAAUUUGGAUGACAAAAGUCGAAACAAAGAGUUUUUCCCAAGCAAUCUGUUCCCAAUCUGGGCAACCUGCUACAACAACCAACAAUAUGUGGACAAAGCAGUCACCUAUCUUGAGAAUAAUCCAGCGUUUAAAUACAAAAAUGGACUUCCUACCACUAUGAAAAAUACCGGACAACAGUGGGAUUUUCCCAAUGCAUGGGCCCCACUACAGCACAUGGUCAUUGAAGGUCUGGAAAAAACUGGCUCAAACAAGGCAAAAGAACUUGCUUUUUCCUUGGCCCAGAAAUGGAUUCAAACCAACUAUGAAGUGUACCAGAAAUAUAAUGCAAUGUUUGAAAAGUAUAAUGUUGAAAAUGACAGCGAACCAGGCGGUGGAGGUGAAUAUGAAGUGCAGUUGGGUUUCGGCUGGAGUAAUGGAGUUGUAUUUCAGCUACUGGACCUCUAUGGAGCCCAACUGACAUCCAGUUCUGUCCUUUGCUCUACAGUUUCAUGGGUACUCGUUACCCUGCCCUUCAUCAUUUCUCUGUGGACAUAAAUGUACAUUAAAGGAAACAAAUAUGUAUUCCUAAUGUUAGAGCUAUGUGUGGUCUCACAGCAGCAUGCGAUCCUCAAUACUUUCAAUCCAAUGCUUUCUCUUAGGAAAUCACUCAGCAGGGGAGGGGGAGCUAGUGCACAUGUGCCGCUGUCACCACUCUGCCUAAAUCAGUAUCUCCUCACAGAGAUGCAUUGACUCAAUGCAUUUCUAUGAGGAGCAUUCUUCUCCCCAAUGUAACCAGGAAACCCCUCUAGUGGCUGUCAAGUGACAGCCACUAGAGGCGGCAAUGAAACAGCAAUGUAAACACUGCUUUGUCUCAGAAGGCAUUGUUUAAACUGCAGGGACAGUCUCCUUGCACCAGAACUGCUGCAUUAAACUGUAAUGUUCCGGUGCUUAGAGUGUCCCUUUCAGCCAGCGGUACCCAAAAGAUAGAUCCCCAGAUGUUUUAAAACUACAGCUUCCAUUAUGUUUUUGUGUUUAUAGAAGGCAUUCUAAAUGCAUGCAGAACAUUAUGGGAGUUGUAGCUACAUAAUCUGGGAAACUACCUUUUGGGCACCCCUGCGUUAAGCUAUUUCUGAUCUCAGUCACUCAAAUAGAAACAUAGAAUGUGACAGCAGAUAAGAACCAUUCGGCCAACUAGUCUGCCCAGUUUUCUAAAUACUUUCAUUAGUCCCUGGCCUUAUCUUAUAGUUAGGAUAGCCUUUUGCCUACCCCACGCAUGCUUAAACUCCUCUACUGUGUUAACCUCUACCACUUCAACUGGAAUGCUAUUCUAUGCAUCCACUACCCUCUCAGUAAAGAUACUUGCUGAUAUUAUUUUUAAACCUUUGCCCCUCUAAUUUAAGACUAUGUCCUCUUGUUGUGGUAGUUUUUCUUCUUUUAAAUAUAGUCUGCUCCUUUACUGUGUUGAUUCCCUUUAUGUAUUUCAAAGUUUCUAUCAUAUUCUAUCAUAAAAUUCUCUAAAUCAGCUAUGCUUUGGGUUCAGCUACUUUGUCCUAAAUUUUGAAAUUAUCUUUGAAUUCACUUUGCAUGAUAACCAUUCUUUUUCAAACCUUUGUCUUCAAACACACUCAAUUCUACAGACUUAUUGCUUCACCCUUAAUUUUUGUUCUACGUCUAUUUCAAAUUUAAGGAUUGAUUUCAAACAAAAAGCAAUACAGCUGCCCAGUGAAAACUGUGCAACGUUUUAUGAACUUUGUGAUGACAUUGUCUUCUGAAUAACCACAAUCGAGCAAAGCUUUUAAGUAUAUAACAUGCGAAAUUCAAGCAACAUGUGUCUCAUCAACUGAGUAUGUUGUGUGCAUAUAUUUGCAAACUUUAGCUGGGAACAAAAAUGCUUUUUAUCAUAUAAUUUUAACCUAUCCUUGUGUGGAAUUUCUGCAGUAUAAAAAUAACCUUGGCUCUUCAUGAAACACCGAUUUGUUUUUAAGAGAAACGCAUACUUUGUAUAUUUGUUGCUGUACCUCCAUAUUUUAAAUUCUGUUUUACUUGCUUAUUUCUAUAAAAUCUUGUGGAGCAAAUAUGUUUAUUUUUUUGCCCUUUGAUUAGCAUGUUUUAAUAUGUGAUAGCCUACUCGCCUUCCUGAUCUCAUAAUUUAUGUGUAAAAUAGCUGUGUGGAGUGUUCAGUGGGGUAACAAUUUAAUUCCUUCAAAAUAUUUCACGAUAAAGUUACCUGCGUUCUGUAUUAUAUCUAUAGACAGAUUUUUAUUACUUUUUUUAUGAACAGUUAAAGUGAGAUCGUUUAAGCCUUCUAUUCUCUAUUUACACUAAAACAAACAAAAAACAUACAAUAGAUUGCAAUUAAAGUACGCCAGUGUUGUUAUGUCAAAUAAAUAUACACAUAUUGGUAAUGAACUAUGAUGAGUGAUAAUCGAAUGUGUGUACGAGAUUAACAGUACAAAUUGUAAUGUUAC